UGGCGUGUCACCGCCAAAACCCCUUCCACUGCGCUUAAGAAGAUAAACCAUGAUGUUGAGAUCUGCCAUCUUCUUCCUUCCAUCUCCCUCCUCCUCCCCCUGCUUCCCUUCUCUCCCACCCAAGUCCCUCAUCAUCUCCCCUCCCGUCCUCCUCUCACUCCGAUCCUUCUGCCAUCAACGGAGGCGGCAGGCCCGCAAGAAACCCCCCUUCUCCCUCUGCCGCAGCACCCAAACCGAUGCCGCCUUUCCCUUCCCUUCUUUCCCGCAUCGGCAGCCACCGGAAGCUGAGGACGAUAAGUGGGACUCCUCCAAGUACGAAGCCCUCCUCCGAGGCGGCGAGCAGGUCACCUCUGUUCUCCAGGACAUGGUCAAUCUGCUGGCUGACAUGGACAUGGACGAGGCUUCGGAGAGGGUGGCGGUGGAGAUCGCGGCCCAGGGUGUGAUCGGUAAGAGGGUCGACGAGAUGGAGUCCGGCUUCAUGAUGGCGAUCGAUUACAUGAUCCAGAUGGCGGAGAAGGAUAAUGAUGACCAGCGCAAGUCACUCUUAGAGGUGGUAAAGCAAACAGUGUUGGACCAUCUAGCCAAGAAGUGUCCGCCACAUGUGCAAGUGAUUGGCCUUCUUUGCCGAACUCCAGAUAAAGAGAGCAGGCAUGAAUUGCUACGACGGGUUGCUGCAGGUGGAGGUGUAUUUAAAAGUGAGAAGGGCCUUAAAGUUCAUCUCCCAGGGGCAAAUCUUAAUGAUAUUGCUAACCAGGCUGAUGAUCUACUAGAGACAAUGGAAUCCAGACCUAGUAUUCCUGAUCGGAAGUUGCUUGUGAGGCUUGUUUUAAUUAGAGAAGAAGCUCGCAAUAUGAUGGGUGGUGGGUUAUUGGAUGAAAGAAAUGAUCGUGGUCUGAAUACUCUACCCGAAGCAGAGGUGAACUUCUUGAGCAAGCUGGUUUCCUUGAGACCAGGAAGCACUGUCCAGAAAAUGAUAAGUGAUGUGAUGCAUGGGAAAAAUGAAGGUGCAGACAAUGUAGAUAGUGGGGAUGAAGAUCCCAACAGCGAACAGAAUACUCUUGGUGGUUUUGCAGGAAGGGGAAGUGUCACAGGUCGCAGGCCACGCCCUGUUCGCCCUGGCAUGUUUCUUGAAACCGUUUCUAAGGUCCUGGGUGGAAUCUAUUCAGGGAACGUAUCUGGAAUUACAGCUCAACAUUUAGAAUGGGUUCACCAGAAGACUCUUCAAAUUUUGCAAGAAAUGGCAUUCUAGUUUGCUGUGUCAGUUGAGGCCAAAGAAAAAUGAAAGCAACUACAAAUAUCCAAUUGAUCAGCAACUCAAAACGACAUCAAUAUAUAUAUAAAACCAUGUGUAAAUCAGGUUCAGCAUGUUGCUUAUCUUCAAAUGAUUCGUCCGAUUGUUGUCUCCAGUCUAGUAAAUGUAAGAACUGAUUCAGUCGGGGACUGUAGUAGACCAGCCAUCUUGUGAGAUUUUAGAAGAGAAUCCUUGAAGCAACACUCGAAUGUUUCUGAGGGGCUCUAUUGAUUAAGAAUACUUCAUGGUAACCAAGGAUCUGGUUAUCAUCUUCAGGCGCCUCCUCAACAUUCAAGCAGUAUCAGUCCACAUCUCCCAGGAGAGGAAGAAGCAGAACAGAGGUCAACCGGCUCGGUGGCAUCCAAAUGAGUUUUUCUUGGAAAGAUGUGUAUAUUGGCAGAUAUGCCAGGAAUUAAAUUUAGUGUGAUAGACAUGUAGCAGUAGUGCACACUGAUGUAGCUGUGAUUUCAUGUGAUUUGUGGUAUUCCACAUAAAUUGUGGUAUUUGACAAAUGAGUCCAACUAUUGGUGCACACAUGACCAGAUUUGGUUUCCGACAAAGCCAUGAUUCAUGCGCAGUGCAAAUGUUUGAUAUGUCUUUACUCAA